CGGGCGACGAGGAGUUGACGAGGAGUUGACGAGGAGGUGACGCGGGUGACGCGGAGGUGACGAGGAAGUGUCGCGGAGGUGACGAGGAGUUGACGAGGAGGUGACGCGGGCGACGAGGAGUUGACGAGGAGCUGACGAGAAGGUGACGAGGAGCUGACGCGGAGGUGACGAGGGGUUGACGAGGGGGUGACGCGGAGGUGACGAGGAGUUGACGAGGAAGUGACGCGGAGGUGACGAGGGGUUGACGAGGAGGUGACGAGGAGCUGACGAGAAGGUGACGAGGAGGUGACGAGGAGCUGACGCGGAGGUGACGAGGGGUUGACGAGGGGGUGACGCGGAGGUGACGAGGGGUUGACAAGGGGGUGACGCGGAGGUGACGAGGAGUUGACGAGGUGACGAGAAGGUGACGAGGAGUUGACGAGGUGACGCGGAGGUAACGAGGAGGUGACGAGGAGGAGUUGACGAGAAGGUGACGCGGGAGACGAGGAGGUGACGAGUUGACGAGGUGACGAGGAGGUGACGCGGAGCUGACGAGAAGGUGACGAGGAGGUGACGAGGUGACGAGGUGACGCGGGCGACGAGGAGGUGACGAGGAGGUGACGCGGAGCUGACGAGGAGGUGACGGAGGCGACGAGGUGACGAGGAGUUGACGAGGAGGUGACGAGAAGGCGACGAGGAGUUGACGAGGUGACGCGGAGGUGACGCGGGCGACGAGGAGGUGACGAGGAGGUGACGAGGUUAAUGAGGUGAACGGGGGGAGUAACUUAGGGCGUCGGUCGACAACGAUGGCGUGUGCGGUGUCCGCUGUCCCUCCUGCCACCGCUCACCCUGCUCUGGAGCCGAGCGGAGACUUCCCGGCGUGGCUGGAGGCGCAGGGCGUGAAUGCGGAGGUGGCCCGGGCCAUGGAUUCGGAGCUGGGCAUCCGGGACUACGGGGUCCUGCGCGCCUGCGUCGGGGACGGCCUCGUGCGGGCCGAGCUGCUGGCCACGGCGCGCGACCGCCUGCCCUUCGGCUUCUACGCCGUGCUGCGGCAGGUGGUGAAGGCCCUGCGGGGUGCCGAGCCCAACGAUGGUGCCGGGACACCGCGCUGGGACGACGCCGCCGCCAGCAAUGCAUCCUCCUCUCCUGGCGACAUGACGCGGGAAGGCCUGGUGGACGUGCUGCUCGCGCUGUUAAGUGGCUUGAGCCGGGAGCUGCUGCUGUUCGUGCGGAGGUUGGGAACUGUGGAAGGAGUGGGAUACGUGGAGGAUUUUGUGACGGAUGAUGGGGGUCACCAUCCGGCCGAAGAGGAUCAGCACAACAGCCACUGUAACUUGGGUGAAUUUACCGAUGCUGAGGAAUCGUGGACCCCGGUAGAAGGAGCUGAGGGACGGGACAGCCAGGAGCCCGCAGAACCUCUGGGAGGCCACUCGGAAUUCUUCAUCGAAGACGGUGCCUUGCAGCCCAAAGUCGCCAUUAAGAUCGAAGAACUCUCCGAGGAUUCCGCCGCCGCCACCAUCCCCGCCGCCGCCGCGGUAAUUGACGACCCGAAAGCCGCCGUUCGAUGCUGCGUUGAGCCACGAGACUGGCACGAGUCGACCCUCUCGGUGAAAUGCUCACCAAAUCGCUCGCCGGGACGAGGGCUCCCCGCCGACAGCGGCGACAGCCCGGCGGCGGCGGCGGCGUGGCUGUCGGCGGCGUUCACCGCGGCGGCAGCAGCGGGCGUCGCGCCCUCGGCGGCGGCGGCGGCGGCGCCGAUGGCGGCGCCGACGGCGGCGGCGGGGCGUGAGCGCCCCUUCCGCUGCGACGUGUGCAGCCGCGCGUUUGCGGAGUACUCCAACUACCGGCGGCACACCCGUACGCACACGGGCCAACGGCCCUACCGGUGCGAGGCGUGCGGCCGCGCCUUCUCCAAGCGCAGCAACAUGAAGAGGCACCAGCGCAGCCACAAAGGCGAGAAGCCGUUCGGCUGCGACGUGUGCGCCCAAGGAUUCACGCGGCUCUGCAACCUCAAGGUGCACCUGCUGAAGCACGCUGGGGAGGGGAGUGCCCAGCGCUCCGAGGAAGCGAAGGGCUCGCUCCACCGCGACGGCGGAUGGGAGAUUCAGAACUCCUCUUUUGCUACCGGGUAGGUUUUUGAGCGGUUGCACGGCGGGGCUGUCUUGCUGCGUUUUCGGGGGUCGUCCCUCCCACGCGUGCCGUUUGAUAUUUGUGAAAGAAACUCUCGGCGCGUGGAGCGAAACGGCAGACCGUCAUGCCGAACGAUAGUGAUCCAACCUGAAAACGUAUCGGAGAACUAUCGGCUCUUGUAAAAAUUUUUUUUUAUAUUUUUCUCUUGUUUCCCCAAAUUUGUUCGUCGAGCGGGGGUGCCACUGUUGAUGUUAGAUAAUGGCCCGUGGAAGCGGAUAUAUUGUACAACUACUCCUGAGAUGUCUUCAAAUGACCUCUGGUUCACGCGGUGUGGGGGGCAGCACUUUCUCACCCGGUUAAUAACAGUUGGCUGCCUGCAUUUGAAGCUCGGAUGUCAGCGAUGCAAGCUCAGCAAUCUCUGACUUGUGAAGCCACCCGGCCACGUCAUGAUGCACGGUUCCGCUUGGGUGAAUCAGGGAGCUAAUCGUAGGCACACAAUCAGGCAUCUAUUUUUACACUCACCAUACUUCUGUCGAACCUUGCGUGUGAGAGUCGGUUAUUUACGAUUCAUGCGAGUGUUAGGCUAUGACAGCAAGAAAAACGGCAAACGAGAGAGGAAAACAUCUAGAUGGUAAAAACCCAGGCAAAAAAUAAUCCAUAAUUCUGGAAAUUAAUUAAACCCCCGAUUUGGGAUAAUUUAUCUAAUAAAUUAAAAAUUGCUUUUGAGAGGGUGGAAUUAUUACAUGGCUAGAUAAUAUUUUUUUAGCGAAACAUCGAACAAAGAUGGUCGCUUUCAGAUGCGCUUCUGCGGCCGUCUGGAAUGUUCUCCCGAUAUUAGGAAGCAACUGGGUGUUAUGCACUUUUAAAUCAUCGAGAUUGAAAACUAAUUUCUUUUGAGCUGCCGUUUGUGUUUGGUUUGUUGUCCUUCCCCUGAACCUCCGAUUACCGAAAUUCUACUGGAACAUAGAAUUAAAAGGGUAAUCAUAUUCAGGGCAUUGCGGAUGUAGAAUUCAGGAUUCAUCGUUUUGCUUUAAAUAUUUAAAAUUUUCACAGAAUUUGCCCAAAUUUUUUUUUAGGAUUGCAUUUUUAUCCGGAACCCCUAGUUGAAUGCCAUUUUUACAAAACUUUCAGAAUCAGAAUAUUUGUAUACUUGGUGUGUUCGGAUGUCAGAGCCUAAACAAUUCAGGAGGUGGAGGUUUACGAUAGACACCACGUUGUGGCCUCGUGAAGAUCUGUGUUUAUUAUUUAAUUUUGAAUUUCUUUCGUUCCCUCCUGUGUGCGGGUUUUCUCCGGACACUUGAUAAUAAAGGAUUUUUUUCCUCAUUAAAUACUUGUUUACGUA